CAUAAAAAUCUGAUAAAAAAUUUGUAAUUACAAAUUUCGGGACUGUGUUCUUAAAUUAUUUAGUAUGCUAACAUUAUUUUGCAACUAAUAAUAACAAUUUUUCACAGCAAACAUCAUAAUGGCCUUCAUAAGACGAUGUACUCCUCUUAUACCUAUUCUGAAAAAUGUACCCAUUACUAACCAAGCUAAAAAAAUUCAUCGCUGGGUGGCACCAACCUUAAGAGAGUUAAAAAGGCGCGAGGAUAAGCAAGGAGGGAAAAUGACGAACCCAAGAAAUACAUUCGCAGAAUGGAAUUUGGAAGCUGAAUUAUAUGCAUUUGGAAAAAGAUUAAAUGAAGAGUUUGAUUCUGAUCUCUUACUCCAAGCUUUUACUGACCAUACUUAUGUGAUCAAAGAGGAGAUGAAGCAAAAAGAAAUGGAUAUUGAUCUCAAAUUGAGGGACAAUAGAGAUUUGGCAGACCAUGGAGAGAAAUUUAUAUCAGAAUAUGUACAACUUUAUUUGGAAGUAGUUUUACCUAAAUUACCAUUGGAAGGCAUUAAAAGCAUUAAAAAUCAUCUGAUGAGUGAAAGUACUCUAGCCCAUGUAUCAGCUAAUCUUGGGACAAAGGACAUUAUCCUGGCAGAUGAAUACCCUGUUGACAAGUCAGUUUUAGCAAACACUUUCAAAGCAUUAGUAGGAGCACUCCUUGAAUCAUCUGGUGAAGAAAGAGCAGCACAUUUUGUGAGAGAUUUUCUCGUCACCCAACUUCAAGGGAAAGAUGUUAACGAAUAUUGGCACAUAGAAGAUCCUUGGGCUAUGUUAAAAGGUCUAAUAGAAAAGACAGGAAGUGAGGUAGAACCUAGACUAAUCGGUGAAGUAGGAAAGAACACGCUCCUCGCCUGCUACAGAGUCGGCUUGUAUAUUGACAAAAAAAUGUUGUCAUCAGGUUUUGGUGAGACAAUAUCAACGGCCCAGGAAAUGGCUGCAAGAGAAGCACUGAAGAAGAUAUUUGCCACAGAGGAUAAUAUGUACCCAAUCAAAUUUAACAUAAAUGGAAUUCCUAAGGAAAGCAAGGACUUCAGAUACCAAAUAUCUGCUAGCUAAAUAUAUUUUGAUAAGUUAUUAGUUAGAAUUAUAAGAUUUGAU